AUAUCGGUUUGAACGAAGAGCAUAAGACUCUUGCUACUGGUGCUACUCUUGCUCUGUUCAUGACUCAUAGUAAAUUGGGAGCAGGCUGACAACAAUGCUUUGCACGGGACUCCUGCUUGCACUGGUGGCUAUCACGUGCCCCAUGGCAGUCGAUGCCGUUAAUGCCCCUGUGGGUUUCGGAGCAGGUACCACUGGCGGGCAAGGUGGUACCACUGUAACUCCAACUACCAUUGCUCAGCUGAGAACCUACCUCUGCGGUUCCACUGACUCCAGAGGCCACUGUACCGACUCGACAAGGCGAGUCAUCCUCAUCAACCGCACCUUCGACUUCCGGAACAGCCUAGGGAAAAAGACCGAAACCGGAUGUAAAGUCAAGGCCUGUCCUAACGGACAGAGCGACUUGGGACUGAACUGGUCUGGAUUCUGUAACGGAAGAACGGCCACCUCCGUGACCUAUGACCUUGCUGGGGUCAACGAUAGACUCGUUAUCGGUUCCAACAAGAGCAUCAUCGGAGUGAAGAACACCGGUGUCAUCAAGGGAACCGGAUUAAGAAUAUUCGGAGGCGUCUCCAACAUCAUCGUCCAGAACGUCCAGAUCACGGACAUCAACGAGGGCAUCGUUUGGGGCGGAGACGCCAUAUCGAUCGACGGCGCCAGCAAGAUCUGGAUCGACCACAACUACAUCGCGCGCGUCGGUCGUCAGAUGAUCGUCACCGGUUUCGGAAGUGCCACCGACGUCACCAUUUCCCACAACGUCUUCGACGGAAGCACCAGGGUCGGCGCCUACUGCGACGGCAGGCACUACUGGCUCUGGCUCUUCCUGGGUAAAUCCGACACCAUCACCCUGUACGGGAACAUCAUCCAGAACACCUCGGGUCGCGGACCCCACUCCGGUGGUAUGAACAGCGCUGACGUCAGACUGCACAUGGUCAACAACCACUUCAGGAACGUAGGUGGCGAGGGCGCCCUGAUGUCCCUCAGCAAGACCUCGUACAUCCUGGCCGAAGGCAACUACUUCCAGAAUGUCGCCCAUCCGGUCUACAAGUAUCGCACCGAACCUGGUCCAGUCUUCACGCCCUUCGACGGCAAUGCUGCCAAAACGUGCUCCACUUACCUCAAACGCUCCUGCGUCGCCAACUCUCAGACCCAAAGCUCGUCCAAGUGGAACUACAGCCCGGCUGACAUUAUUGUGCUUAAGAAACUAUCCACGUAUUCUUCGUCCCUGAUCAAUCCUGCGGCUGCCAACACUGUGCCCGGCACUACCGCCAGGAAUGCCGGAGUUGGCAAAGUUAACUGAGCUACCGCAUAUAGGAAACUGGGUGGUUAUUUAUUAUGUAACUGCACGACGUAUUCUUCGCAUUAGUUCAAAUUAUUUUUUUUCAAUAGCUUCUGCACUUCAAAAUAUAUAGUGUUCACUUUA